ACAAGCAAUUCAAAAGGAGCGAGUAUUUAACAAAAAACUACCAGAAUUCAUGGAACCGUGCCUAUAAACUACCACUUUACAAAUUUGUGCGAAAAACUACCAUUUUUUCACUAAUCUUUGACUAAAAACUACCAUGUAUAAAAAGUGUCCGAUUCAACUUGUUUAAACUCAAUUAUGACGAGUUGGCCCACACGUCAGUAUAGAAAAAGCAAUCAGCCCCCCAGCUCGCCCAUCUCGCCGGGAAGGCACAGGCACGCCGGCAGCCCCCACACGCUCCAAUGCGAGCAAGAUGGCCGGCGGCGGAGACACUACCGCACUAGCUGCUUGUGUACGGUGUACCCAACACCGUCGGAGUUGCCAGGCUAGCUAGCCAUGGCCAUGCACUACUGCUGCUCGUUGCGGUCGGAGCUGCCACUUGCCAGGCCAAGCUGCGUAGCGGCCCUGCUGGCCUCGCUACAUGCUGCCGCGAACCGCGUCGCACCUGCUCGCCUCGUCCGUGCAGCGGUGACGCGCCGCCGCUGGCCGCCAUGCUUUGCCGUGAGCCGCUGGUCGCCGCAUGUACCCCGCAGGCUUCGUCGACUGCGUCGGGGGGACCUCUCCCCCUGCGACGACCUUGCCGACCUCGCCGGCGCCGCCAGCGUUUCCCGCCUCUGGUGCAGGUGGGGAAAUCAGUCGAUGAGUGAGAGGGAAGGGGAAAAAGCAGGAGGUACGCACGCCGCCGGCGACGACGUCAGAUGGCAGGAGGAUGGAAGGUUUGGCGCCAGCCGCUCCGGCCACACCAGCUCCGCCAUGAACUCAGAGGAGGCAUGCGGGUCACCGGAGAAAGAGAUCGAGGCGGCGGUGGUCUUCACCGGAGAAGGAGGCGGAGGACCCGAUUGCUUUUUUGAAGAAAAACUAGGGACCCGAUUGCAUUUUUAGCCCGUUUAUGUGUGGGGUCGGGCAGUCAGAUUUGCGUUUAACCCAGGCAAAGCGAGCAGCUUUCACACUUGGUAGUUUUUUGUCACGGAUUAAUAAAAAAGUGGUAGUUUUCGGGACAAAAUCGUAAAGUGGUAGUUUUCUGUCACGUUUCCGCGAAUUGUGGUAGUUUUUGGUUAAAUACUCAAAAGGAGCCGGUAAUUUGAUUCCAGGUUUUUUUUUCUCAAUGAAGUGCAUUUCUAUUAACAGUUUGUCUAAUUCACAUUUGGAUGUUUUUUUAAGAAUGUCACAUCUAAGCUCCCACAAAUAUAUAAUGCAGCAACAAGAAACAAAAAGAAAAACUAGAAUAAAAAAAUAGACCACAAACAUAAUGGACAUCAG